AUGCUGUCGCUACGCAUACGAGUAGAAACGGAAACUGUAGCAGGAGCCGCCAGCGCAAAAGUAGGCCCAGUAAACCAUAUACUGCAUUCGAUGCUCAAUCAAAUCGACGUAUAUUUCAACGAAAAGCUCGUAUCUCCUCCAAACAAUGCUUACGCUUACCGCGCUUACAUAGAGGCGUUAUUAAAUUAUGCUUCACCAGUAAAAACCUCCCACCUGGCUUCGUGCUUGUGGUACAACGAUACGACGCGGAACAUGGACGCUCUACUGGGAGCGACACCAUGCAAUCACGGACUCGACAAGCGAGCCGCUUUUGUACAAGGAGGACGAACACUGGAUCUCAUAGGUCAUCUUCACUGCGACGUCUUCAAUCAAGAUAAAUUCUUGAUAAACAGUGUGGAACUGCGCAUGAGGCUUGUUCGUUCGAAAGAUUCCUUCUGUCUUAUGGAAGGAAAUACUAUGUCACGGAUAAACGUUUUAGAUGCUACACUACUCAUCAAAAGAGCUAGAAUAAAUCUAGGCAUAUUACUCGCUCAUACAAAAAUGUUGACCAGGACUACUGCUAAAUACCCUCUCACGAGAGUCGAAGUUAAAUAA